AUGGCGCGUGGCGCCGCAGAUGGGCCGCGCAUCGCGGAUCACAUUAAUGAAAAUAUUCAAACAGCAGCUGACUUACAAGAUCUGGAUGCCCUGAUUAACGAUAUUUAUGAGAAGCAGAAGCUCCGUCAGCAGCAGUUACGCGAAGCCGAGGCGACGUUAAACGACGCGACAAAAGUUUCAGCCCAACACGCAGAGGCGGUUCGGGAACGGGGCGAAGCAUUUAAACAGAAGCAGGAGGACAUAGAUAAACGGCUCAUAGAGGUGACCGGGUCAAAAAGUAGUGAUGAAGCUACACGGAAAUUUGAAGGUGGUAUGGAGAAACUUUGGAGGUUAGAAAUGGCAAAGGGAUAUCUGGAGCUUCUGGAUAAGAUACACGGUAUUAGUAAAGAUGCUCUAUCGAUCUUGCAGUCUUCGCCAGGCGAGGCGCUACGGUUCUACAUUGAAUUAAGAGCUAUUACUUCGGCAUUGGAAUCCAUGCAAAUGGCGGCAGAGGGUGCUGCUCCCCACCUUGUUGACUAUGCUAUGAAGCUAGCAGACAACCUGAAAGGCGCUCUUCGGAAAGAAUAUUCUAAAAACCUGCAAACUGUCCUUGAGAGAAUGAACUGGCCUUCACGGGACCUUAAGACUGACAGCCCUUUGAUCGAUGAAUGGCAAAAGUGGACCGAGCUACUGCUACAGUUACAUGAACCGGACAUUGUCUCCCAGGCCGCACUGCUUCAAGGUGAAAAGGAACAUCGCAAUAUCCCAGUUCUGUUACCAUUAGAGGAAAUGGUGCACCCUCUGGAUCUUAGAUUCAAAUAUCAUUUUAGUGGCGAGAAGCCGACCAACCGAUUAGACAAGCCCGAGUAUUUCCUAUCGCAUAUAAUUGACUUGGUUAAUACAUAUAGCGGCUUCUUCAUGUCAUAUCUUCAACCUAUCUUUGAUAAACGGUCUCUAAACUGCGACAGGCUGCUUCUGCCAGUUUACUCAAAUGCUGUAUUCUCUUACAUAACGGCAUUGUUACCUAUGGCACGGCAGAAAAUCAGCGCAACUCUUCCGCACAUUGCCAAUCACCCUCAAUUAUUAAGCCAUUUCAUUCACGAAUUGAUGCAAUUUGACAGUGAUAUUCGAGACACUUGGGGCUAUACACCGGAAUUUAGCCAUGAUCGUGCUUGGAAAGGGUUGACAUGGGAAACACUCGUCAAAGAGGAUUGGUUCGCUCAGUGGCUCCAAGUUGAGAAAGAAUUUGCGCUCUCCCGCUACCAGGAUAUCAUUGACGCGACAGACAGUGGUGAGAUCGAGUAUGACGGCGUCGAAGCCACAGCCACGAAGCCAACAAAGGCAGCUAUCCGGGUUAACGACUUGCUUGAAACAAUCACAGAUAGGUACCGGCCGCUAUCUUCCUUUAGCCAUAAACUUCGCUUUCUCAUUGACAUCCAAAUUACGAUAUUUGAUCUUUUCCAUGAAAGACUGCAUUCUGGGCUGGAGGCCUAUCUUGCGAUGACCUCAACAAUCGGUCGGACUGUCCAUUCUUCUACUAAUCAGCCAAAUCUAGAAGGAAUCGCGGGUUUAGAAAGGCUGUGCAGGAUAUUUGGAAGUGCAGAGUACCUGGAAAAGAAAAUGCAGGACUGGGGCGAUGACGUUUUCUUCUUAGAACUUUGGUACGAAUUGCAGGAUCGCGUUAACCAAAAUGCUCAAACUGGCAGGCCAGUUGCCGGUGCCAUCUUUGACCUCAACUAUGCAAACGUCGCUCAAACAAUAUUCCCGUGCUUCUGUCUGGGCUUCGCUAACGUCGCUUACCGAUACUGGCGGAUCCGUCAUCACCCCGUCUGCGGACCUAGCAGCGUUUACUCGGAGCCUUACUACAGAGUUCAAAUUCUUGUCACGAGCCCUUGCUCCAGCACCCCUAAGGCGAAUAGUGCGACAAUUUGUACUCUCGGUUCAGACGUAUCUUUGGGAUAA